UCAUGCUGCGACCUGCCUUUCUUGGGCUGUGCUGCUGGACCGAAUAGAGCUGAGAGAUUAGUGCGGUUUCGAGGUCGCUAAUGUCAGAGGUGAUCAAAGCCAUAUAAUGUCAGUAGUUCGUUCAUCCGUCCAUGCCAAAUGGAUCGUGGGGAGGGUGAUUGGGACUGCAAUGCAAAAAACUGCCAAAGUGAGAGUGACCAGGCUUGUUCUGGAUCCCUAUUUAUUAAAGUAUUAUAAUAAGCGAAAGACCUACUUUGCUCAUGAUGCUCUUCAGCAGUGCACAGUUGGGGAUAUUGUGCUUCUCAAAGCCUUACCUGUUCCACGCUCGAAGCAUGUGAAACAUGAACUGGCUGAGAUCGUUUUCAAGGUUGGAAAAGUCAUAGAUCCAGUGACAGGAAAACCCUGUGCAGGAACAGCCUACCUGGAAAGUCCAAUCAGUUCGGAGCCUACUCACCUAACCGAACGUCUGAAAGAACUCACCAUCUCAGCACAGUAAAGGCAGAGUAGAAGAAGGCACCAGAGGGAAAGAGUUACAAGUUUGCUUUAUGGAAAAAGAAACUUUUCUAAGUUUCAUCACAAACUGUGUCCAAUUUCCCUACUGGUAUUUAUGAAAUUCCUAAAAGCAACUGAAGUAAAAGGCUUGUUGUAAUUUUUCA